AUGGAUGGUGGGGUAAGCAACAAACUAAAGCAAAAAGGCUCAGAGCAAACUUCAGUCGAGCAGAAACCGCUCUCAGUUGACCAGUGGUUUGACAAUAAUCCGAGAAGACACAAGGCACAGAACAAAAUCAAGAGAAUACACGAACGAAUUCCUGAGUCUUGCUGGGCUGCUUACGACAGAUUUCUGAGAACAGAAGGCAUACAAAAUGACAACGAAGAACUCCUCUCAAAACUGGAAAACUCCAAAGCCGAAAGUAUCUACGCCCUGCGCAACAACGACAAGCUCUACGAGGCCCGCAAUCGUGCAGAACUUGCUUCUGUGCUCUUCGAAGAAGCUCAAGAACAACAAGAUUCAGUUGACCAAAUGCGACGAGAACUCGCACACGAGAAGCUAGUUGUUUCUUACGGAGAAGUUGAGCGAACACCUGUUUCAAUCGCUAGAAAAAUGAAGGAUACAGAAUUGGAAUUGGGGGAUUUCAAAUUUGAAGAAGACGAAGAAGUUCCACAAGUCACAAAUUAUGCUGGGUCAAAGGGCCCUAGAUGGAGGCCAAUUCAACAUCAAGGCUACGGAGAACUCUUCAAGACGUACAAAAAUCGACGAGCAAAAAGUCAGCAAAAGAAAAACGACAGCAUCGGAGUCAACGAUCUCAAAGAAUUUGAGCAGCGGCGAGUGCAACCAUCGAGUUUCCAUUUUAGAGCCCGACAAGGACUUCUGCUCCAAUAA